AUGCCUCUCAAGACCAACAUCAGCAGUGAUGAGGAUCGUCCAGAAUCUGGACAGGAUAGAUCUCGAUCUCGGUCUAGACAGAGACACUACCAUUGGAAUGACACUUUGAAUGAAGAGCGCGGUAGCAAGUACAAGCGGGAUACCAAAGCCAGAGAGCAUCCAAAGCCUGAACAAAGUCACCCGAGGGCGCAGGAUUUGUCUUCAUCUCGAUCCAGAGAGAAGCUCUACGUAUACUACGAUAAUUCCUCCGAUCUCGAUAGCGAAAUCAAUGAUCAGGAGUGUGGAGCUUGGAGCCAAUCUCCUACGCACGCUCAGGCUGAUAACGGCAACGAGGAACGUCAACAGGUCGAAGUUGUAGAUUUGACUUAUGAGAGCAACGAGAAUCGUCAAGGACUAGUUGACAAUAGCAAGCACAACGACCGUUCGUGGCAUCGUCGGGACAGAGAUGGAGUGUAUGUCCAGCCUGUAGGCGAUGAGGAGAGGGUAGAGGUUCCUGAGCAUGUGUACAAUACUGCUCAGUUGGAGACUGAAGCUGGGAACCAGCAAGGCCGUCCGACUCGAGUUCAGCUUCCGCUGGGUACUGGUCAGCCACAGACUAGAUACUAUGAGUUUGCCAGCCCGAUUCCCAUCCAAGCACCAGCCCAAUUCGUCGCUCAUCAGCCAUUACAAUGUUUGCUGGGAUCUUCUCAGGAAAGUCAGAUGCAUCAUGAACAGCGUAGUAGGGGUAACCGAGAGAGGUUGUUUGUGGACCUUGAGAGAGAUCACCAGCAUCAUAUGAGACACAUAGCUGCCUCGCAAAGUCAAUCUUGUGGACAGCACCAUCAUGCGUACCCUUCGCAAUUUUUACAAAUGAACGCCGAGCCCAGACACAACUCACAGAGGAGGGUAUAUAGAGAUCCACGUACGGCUUCUGCAAAUUGGCUAGCUAGCACCGUCUCUGGUCCUGUAGCUAGUAGGCCAGAUACGGUGGGGACAACAGCCACCGUCCCAGAGUUGUUGCACGACGUUUUGGCCAGACUGAGGGUUAUGGAAGAAGACAUGGAUUUUCUCCAGCGACGUGAUGCUUCAAGUCACCAACGCCAAUUCUAG